UUUUUGCCUAUUUACUUUUUAUUUUAUUUUUAGAACAAGUUAGUGGGUUUAUAUACAACCAAUAUAUCACUUUUUUAUGCGUCACCACAUCUCUUAUCAUUACUUUGCUAUCACUUCUGGUAGCCAUCAUGAAGACAUCCGUAUUCAAAAAACAGACCAAUAACUUAAUCUUAUAUUAUUCAUCUGUAGUUUUUAGCGCAUGUGCAGCAAUCUUCAUCAUGGCAGCUUUGAUAGAAGCGUACUCCAAUUUGGCUUUCAUCAAGAUACCAAGCGAGGUAAAACUUACAAGCGAUGACAGCAAGAUGAAUUAUCAAGCCAACAUUGGAUAUGGUUAUGGUAUAACGAUACUUAUUUUAGGUUUGUUAAUUCUUGGUAUAAUGCUGAACAUUUUAGAAUAUAAAAUAACAAAGAGACAGCAAACUAUGACAAAGGUGAAAGUAAUAAAAACGGCGCCUCAUUCAGGAAACCUUGCGUAUCAAGAAGCACAGCUUGAUUGGCACGAUAAUUUGGAAGAAGAGCAACUUGAUUGUGAUGGGGAAAUUGAAACAACGGUUUGGUAGACAAAAGUUAAUAAAUUAUUUUGUUAAAUUUCGUUACAAAAAAGCAACAAAACCACGUGACUAUUGUAGUUUGUCAUCGAUGUAAUGAUAAGUGACGCAUGAUUUAUUCAAACGUUUAAUAAUUUCAGCGCAGCUGAUAUGACAAUGUUAGAUUUUUUACAUUUCAUUAUGCAUAAAAAUCGAUACCCGCGUGUGAUGUGUAACCGCGUGUAACUAUUAAUCGGGGAAAUGAUUAAAAAUAAAUGUCUCUCCCAGAAAAACAGACAGAGAAGUGAUGUUACCAGCGCCCUCUAUUUCUUUAAAUUAUUGUUAUUUGCUAAAAUUUAAAAAUACUUUUAACAAAUGACUUAAAGGGUUGCAAGACGAUUCAGACUGUCGCCGCUACGUUAGUUAUAUUAUCUUACUGGCAACUUGAGAGCUCACGUAUCCUAUAACAUGGCUAUAACAAUAAGUAGGGCGUAUUGCAAUAUGAAAUUCAACUAUAUGAUGAAUUUAUUAUUUUCAAGCUUUAUCUUGUAAUUAAUGAAGCCAUUCUCCUUGAUAUCCAGCCCCGGGACGUUUUUUGAUGUUAAAAUAAACCAUGUAUAAUGGCGUGAUCAACCGGGUAUUUAAAGUUUUUCCAAACCUGUUUACAUCGCUUUGCAAGAGUUUAUUUUUGUUUUAUUAUUAUCUUUUAUUAUGUUAUUAUUUUUCAAUUAUUUUUAUCUCUUUUCUCUGGUAGGGUAGCAGAGUAGGGACAAAGGUCAAGUAUUAAGGAUAUCUUUUGUGCGGUGUUUGUGCAACGUCGGUCCCAGGGUCUUGUUGCACCUGAGCCGUUAAUACGGAGUGGCCACUGCUAUCAACUUCAUCAAGAAGGCAAAAUGCGGUUGGUGUUUGUGUUUAAACCGCUCAGAUUUAGGUUUUUCUUUUUACGCGUUCGAUUCGAGCGUGGAGCUGUUCGUUUUAUGCCCUUUUUCACGACAACGUCUAAGGCUCGUAUUUUUACAAAACAGCGUAUGCUGCAAAAGAACAUUAUGGACGUUUCACCAACUUCUCUUUUUGCUGAAUUCUAUGAUGACGUCAUGCAAUUAUUUUUCUAUCCCAAAUUAUUUCAACGAGCUAACAAACAAUUUUUGUAGAGUUUUGUAACCAUACGAAAUCCCUUUCGUUACUUUUGCAUUAAAGAAUAUGAAAGUAGAUAAAACAUACUAAAAACUCCGCAAAAAAACUGUGGAUUUCUUAUACCCCUCCAAAGCAGACAAC